UCCAUUAUUUUAUGUAAAUUCCGGCGCAUCUCUCUCAUAAAACCUAAAAAAAUAUCUCUCUCUCAGUUCUUCAGUCAAUCAUAUUUCCUUUAAACCUCAAUUACUUGAACACUAAUUCUUUUUGUCCCCAGUCAAUCACUUUCAAAUAUCUUUGAUCGCACUUCACUCGCAUCGUUUACACAGUUAGAAUUGGGAGAUUUGAGUUUAAUGCGGUGAAAAUUAUUGAUCGAAGAGUAAAAAAUGAGUACGGCAACAGCAGGCAAGCAAAUGGUGUCGUUACGAGACCUUAUCGACGAGGCGAAGAAACGGAUUGUUUUCGUUUCCGUGUGUGUUGUUGGACUCUCGUAUCUUAUGUCUCUGACAAGCGCGUCAGUGUUGAUAAACUUGCCUGCUGCGCUCCUUUUAAUUAUUUGCUUUCGUUAUUUAACGUUGGAUUAUGACAUGAAGAGGAAAGCUGCAUCAUAUAACAGCAACCCAUCAUCGGCCAAUCUUCUUUUUCAAAAGAAAGCAGUUGUAGAGCCAAAGUUUCUAUCAGGAAAAUCCGAGUGGAGAAGAAAAGUCAAUUCUCCUGUUGUUGAGGAUGCAAUAGAUCAGUUCACAAAACAUUUAGUUUCUGAGUGGGUCACUGAUUUGUGGUACUCCCGAAUUACGCCUGACAAACAAGGUCCAGAUGAGUUGGUGCUGAUCAUAAAUGGUGUCUUGGGGGAGUUCUCUAGCCGCAUGCGAAACAUCAACCUUAUUGACUUCUUGACAAGGGACAUUAUCAAACUUUUUUGCACCCACUUGGAACUUUUCCGUGCAUGUCAGGUGAAGAUUAUGAAGCAGCAGUCUCUGACAAUUGCACAACGAGACGUGGAACUCAAAGCUGUGCUGUAUGCAGAGAAUAAGUUACACCCUGCUUUAUUUUCUUCUGGAGCCGAGUACAAGGUUUUACAGCAUCUUAUGGAUGGUUUCAUCUCUUUCGCGUUCAGGCCUGAGGAUCUGCAGUGUUCUUUAUUUCGUUUCAUAGUCAGGGAAAUUCUCGCGUGUACAGUUAUACGGCCUGUUGUCAAUUUAGCUAACCCAAGAUUCAUUAAUGAGAGAAUUGAGAAUGUAGUCAUUUCGGCAAGCAAGACUGACAAAGGAGCUAACACAGAACAAGUGAACUCGCCGUCUGAGCCGAAUGGAUCUCCGAAAAUGUCUAGUCAACUAUCUAUGUCUAUAGAUCCUUCUGUUAAAGGUUUUGAGCUCACACAGUUAAAAAAGGAAAAUCCUGAUUCUGCUGAAGACAAUGUCACCAACACUCUUCAUUCAAAGGACCCAUUACUUUCCAUCGAUACCCGAAAACAGCUUUCAGGUGGAGAAUGGGGUGGCAAAUUAGACAUGAUUUCCCACAGAAAAACAGCAGCAUUAGCUCCUGAAAAUUUUGAGAAUAUGUGGGCUAAAGGUAGAAACUACAAAACAAAAGACAAUGUGAGCCGUAUCACAGAUCUGGUCCACCAACCUUCUUCUGCUAGGUCAGCAAAUUUAGUUAAUCACUCAAAACCAUUGACAUCACACAAAGAGACAUAUGGCCUCCCCAGAGGUGAUCAUAAAAGUUUAUGCCCCCCUAUGGGCACGUCUUAUGAGGAGGAUGAAGAUGGAAAUGAGGAAGAAUAUAUAAAUAGCAGCGAUUAUUCUAGUGAAGAUGAAGAGAAUAGUGACAUCAUGGGUUUAAAUUCUCCAGGAACGAAGGUUUGGGACGGUAAAAGUAAUCGGAACCAUUCCGUUACUCACAUUCAUCAUCCGCUUGAAAGUUAUGAAGGCCAGAAACCUAGGAGAAAAUCAGAAAAAGGGAAUUCCAACGGGAGAAAAAGAUCAAGAGUGAGCAGUCAGAAGGAGGUGUGGCAGGAGAUUGAAAGGAAGAGUUUCUUGUUGCGAGAUGGACUGGAUGUGCUGGGUUCUUCUAAAGGAAAUUCGAAGUCCGGGGACUCUAGUGGUGACUCUGAGGGGGGAGAGUCGUUGGGAAGAACCAAUAGUGGGGCAAGUGCUUCGUCUUCUUUCCCUGCGCUUUCAGCCAUUAAUCCCCCAAAAUUUUCACCUUUGGAUAAUUUUUUUAGACUACGAUGUGAGGUUUUAGGUGCCAAUAUUGUGAAGAGUGGCUCUAAGACUUUUGCUGUCUAUCCCAUAUCUGUUACAGACAUGAACAACGUUAGCUGGUCUAUUAAAAGAAGGUUUCGGCAUUUUGAGGAGCUACACCGGCGUCUCAAGGAGUAUCCAGAGUAUAAUCUUCAUCUCCCACCAAAGCACUUUCUGUCAACAGGACUCGAUGUGGAUGUCAUUCAUGAACGUUGUAAACUUCUUGAUAUAUAUUUGAAGAGACUUAUGCAGUUUCCAACUAUAUCUGGAUCAAUUGAAGUCUGGGACUUUCUUAGUGUUGAUUCUCAGACAUAUAGUUUCUCAAAUUCUAUUUCCAUCAUAGAAACGCUGUCAGUUGAUACAGCCCCAGCUGCUCGUGAAAAGAGUACAGAUUUUGGUAAUACUGCUAAUAGGUCUGUAGUGGACCCCUUAAUUUCUAGAAGAGAACAAUCAGAUAGUGUGAUUAAAAAUUAUUUAUCAGAAGUCAAACAUAAUUCUAUGAUCGAUGGGUCAAAAGUAGUCAAGAGAAAUGUAGCGGCUUCUCUUGGAAAGCCUGUAAAGGAAGUCGGAAAGUCAUCAGAGGAUUCUGACAGCGACCCUGAAAUUGUUGUUUCAAAUAUUAUGUCUUCAACUGGAAAGUCCGGGCAGUCUUUGCAUACACCAUCUGUGAUGCUUACAGAUGAUGGUGAAUCAGUACUACCCAGUGAGUGGGUGCCACCAAAUUUGAGUAUCCCAAUGUUAGAUCUUGUUGAUGUUGUUUUCCAGCUUCAGGAUGGGGGUUGGAUCAGGAGGAAGGCCUUCUGGGUGGUCAAGCAGGUUCUACAGCUGGGCAUGUCAGAUGCCUUUGAUGAUUGGCUAAUUGCUAAAAUUCAACUCUUACGUAGGGGCUCUAUUGUUGCUUCAGGAAUCAAGCGGCUUGAGCAGAUACUUUGGCCGGAUGGUAUAUUUUUAACAAAGCACCGAAAGCGGCAGCAGCCAACCCCCUCACAGAGUGUGCCACAGGAUUUACCUAAUGGCGGACCUUCAUCACCAGGAUACCGACACAGUGAUGAGGAAACGUUGACAAGAGAAGAGCUUCAAGAACGAGAAGCUCAAAGACGUUCUAAGCUAGUUUAUGAGCUAAUGAUUGAUAAAGCACCAGCAACGGUGGUAAGUCUUUUUGGUCGAAAGGAGUAUGAACAGUGUGCGAAAGAUGUCUAUUACUUUAUUCAGUCAUCUGUUUGUCUAAAGCAAUUAUCUUUUGACCUUCUUGAGCUGCUGCUGUUGUCCACUUUUCCGGAGAUGGAAUCUGUAUUCCAACAAUUGCACGAUGAAAAGCAAAAGUUUGGAGUUCUUGAACAGUAACAUUUUUAUUCAACUCGCAGUGAUCAUCUUCACCUAGUGUUUCUCUUCCUUGAUACAUAUGGUUCUCAGGGCGCUGCAAUUUUGGUUCCUGUUUCGCCCUUUUAUGACUCGGGAAUUUUUAUAAUUUUUUUUAUUAUUCUUGUACGUUUUAUAAGCACAAAUGACACAAAUAUAAUUAGGGUCUGUAGUGAAUUACAACUGUAAAUAGAUAUCAUGAGUUGGGAUUUCAGGGGACGGAUUCAAGAGUUUUUUACAGAUUACAAAUGUGAUGGAAGGCAUAUUAGACAUUGUCAA